ACCGAACACCGCAUUCGACUCACACGAAGGCUGCGGCGGACAAAUGCAAUAGCGUAGAGCCGUAGAAGACGCUGGUGAUUCCGCAAUAAUACAUACUCAAAGCAGGCUAGGAGUAAGCUACAAGACAACCGCAUGUUUAUAUAAUUCGUCCGUGUAAUUUUUUUCUCGGGCUGCGUCGUCUAUGUAGAGAUCGGGGCGUACGUUUACGGCGUUGAUGAUAUGAACAAUCCGUUGCAGAUUUCUCGGGAGAGCGAGCAAAGCGCGACCGGCGAAAUCAAGCCAGAGCCGAAUUGUUAGCUUAGCUUGAGCGGCUAACUUACCCGUUAGCACCUUAGCCGCUAAUUCGGCCCCUCUAAGCAGACACCUGCUCGUUGUUUUGCCCUCUAAGUAAUUUAUACACAGCCCCACAGUUAAAGGUCGUUUUGUUAUUUUAAUUUAUUUUAAUUUAAAACCAAAUCGCUUUGAAGCAAGGCAGGACUGUGUCAGGUCGAGGUCGGGACCAGUAGAGGCAUACGGGUCUCCUCGAGUGGCCAUUCACCAUGGACAACGCGCACACUAAGACGGUUGAAGAAGUUUACACCUUUUUUAACGUGAACGAGAGCACCGGCCUGAGCUCGGAGCAAAUCAAGAAACAACGGGAACGAUUUGGACCUAACGAGUUGCCAGCAGAGGAGGGCAAGUCUCUUUGGACGCUGGUGGUUGAACAGUUUGAAGAUCUGCUCGUGAGGAUCCUCUUACUGGCUGCCUGCAUAUCCUUUGUGCUGGCUUGGUUUGAAGAAGGAGAAGAAACCGUAACAGCGUUUGUGGAGCCUUUUGUGAUUCUGCUUAUUCUCAUCGCCAACGCCGUUGUUGGAGUCUGGCAGGAGCGUAAUGCAGAAAAUGCAAUUGAAGCCCUAAAAGAAUAUGAGCCAGAAAUGGGAAAGGUCUACCGCCAGGAUCGGAAGAUUGUCCAGAGGAUCAAGGCCAGGGACAUUGUGCCAGGGGACAUUGUGGAGGUUGCAGUUGGUGAUAAAGUACCCGCCGACAUCAGGCUGACCUCCAUCAAGUCAACCACGUUAAGAGUUGACCAGUCAAUUCUAACAGGAGAGUCUGUGUCUGUUAUCAAACACACUGACCCGGUGCCAGACCCCCGUGCGGUCAACCAGGACAAGAAGAACAUGCUCUUUUCCGGCACCAACAUUGCAGCCGGCAAGGCCGUCGGCGUGGUGGUGGCCACAGGUGGAAACACGGAGAUCGGUAAAAUCCGUGACGAGAUGGCCGCCACGGAGCAAGAGCGCACGCCGCUGCAGCAAAAGUUGGAUGAAUUCGGACAGCAACUCUCUAAAGUGAUUACGCUGAUCUGCAUCGCUGUGUGGCUCAUCAACAUUGGACAUUUCAACGAUCCCGUCCAUGGAGGCUCAUGGAUCCGAGGGGCUGUCUAUUACUUCAAGAUUGCUGUGGCGCUGGCAGUGGCUGCGAUCCCUGAAGGUCUGCCUGCCGUCAUCACCACUUGUCUGGCUUUAGGAACACGGCGCAUGGCCAAGAAAAACGCCAUUGUCCGCAGUUUGCCCUCUGUGGAGACCCUCGGCUGCACUUCUGUCAUCUGCUCCGACAAGACCGGCACACUGACGACCAAUCAGAUGUCUGUGUGCAGGAUGUUUAUCAUUGACCAGGCUGACGGCAAGCAUUGUUCCUUGAAGGAAUUUACUGUUACCGGCUCUACAUAUGCCCCAGAUGGAGAAGUGUACCAGAAUGGCAAACAGGUGAAAUGUUCCAAUUAUGAUGCCCUGGUGGAGUUGGCCACUAUCUGUGCUCUCUGCAACGAUUCCUCAUUGGACUAUAACGACACUAAAGGUGUGUAUGAGAAGGUGGGCGAGGCCACCGAGACUGCUCUCACGUGCCUGGUGGAGAAGAUGAAUGUGUUCGACACCGAUUUGAAAGGCCUUUCCAAGAUCGAGAGAGCCAAUGCCUGCAACUCCGUAAUCAAGCAGCUGAUGAAGAAAGAAUUCACGUUAGAAUUUUCCCGAGACAGGAAGUCCAUGUCUGUGUAUUGCAGCCCCAACAAAGCCCGCUCAUCUGCGGUCAAGAUGUUUGUCAAGGGUGCCCCCGAGGGAGUGAUUGACAGGUGCACGCACGUCCGCGUGGGCGCCACCAAGGUGCCCAUGACCCCCAGCAUCAAGGACAAACUGAUGGCAGUCAUCAGGGAAUACGGAAGCGGCCGAGACACCCUGCGCUGUCUCGCUCUGGCCACCCGAGACAACCCCUUGAGCAAAGAGGAGCUGGUCUUGGAGGACUGCACUCGCUUUGUUGACUACGAGACUGACCUGACCUUCGUGGGCUGUGUGGGUAUGCUUGAUCCUCCCCGGGCGGAGGUGGCGGCUUCCAUUAGGCUCUGUCGUCUGGCAGGCAUCCGAGUCAUUAUGAUCACUGGAGACAACAAAGGCACGGCCGUUGCAAUUUGCAGACGCAUCGGCAUCUUUGGAGAGGACGACGACGUCGCCAGCAUGGCUUACACGGGCCGCGAGUUUGACGAUCUGAGCCCUGCCGCGCAACGAGAAGCCGUGGUCAAGGCCCGCUGCUUUGCCCGCGUGGAGCCGUCCCACAAAUCCAAGAUUAUCGAGUAUCUGCAGUCUUAUGAUGAGAUUACAGCUAUGACUGGCGAUGGAGUGAACGACGCCCCCGCUCUCAAGAAGGCCGAGAUUGGCAUCGCCAUGGGCUCGGGAACGGCGGUCGCCAAGACUGCCUCCGAGAUGGUGUUGGCCGACGACAACUUUUCCACCAUUGUGGCCGCGGUGGAGGAAGGCCGGGCCAUUUACAACAACAUGAAGCAGUUCAUCCGAUAUCUCAUCUCGUCUAAUGUGGGAGAAGUUGUCUGCAUCUUUCUGACGGCGGCCCUCGGCUUCCCUGAGGCGCUCAUCCCAGUUCAGCUGCUUUGGGUUAACUUGGUGACUGACGGUCUGCCCGCCACCGCUUUGGGCUUCAACCCGCCAGACUUGGACAUCAUGAACAAGCCCCCCCGCAACGCUCGCGAGCCCCUCAUCUCCGGGUGGCUCUUCUUCCGCUACCUCGCCAUCGGAUGCUACGUGGGCGCCGCCACAGUGGGCGCCGCCGCCUGGUGGUUUGUCGCUGCCGAAGAUGGACCCAGGAUCACAUUUUACCAGCUGAGCCACUUCCUGCAGUGUGGACCACAAAACAUAGACUUCCAGGAUGUUGACUGUAAGGUGUUUGAGUCUCCUUAUCCAAUGACCAUGGCCUUGUCUGUGCUGGUCACCAUCGAGAUGUGCAACGCUCUCAAUAGCGUAUCUGAGAACCAGUCUCUGUUGCGUAUGCCUCCCUGGGAGAACGUGUGGUUGCUGGGAGCAAUUUGCCUUUCAAUGUCUCUUCACUUCCUCAUCCUCUAUGUGGAGCCUCUUCCGAUAAUCUUCCAAAUCACCGCCCUGAAUCUGACCCAGUGGCUAGUGGUGCUCAAGAUCUCCCUGCCGGUCAUUUUACUGGACGAGAUGCUGAAAUUUGCGGCCAGGAAUUACCUGGAGCCGGGUAAAGAGCUGGAGAAGGCGGCCAGCUCGGAAGGCUGCUGCCUGGCUGCAUGUAUGGAGGGCAUCUCCUGGCCCUUCGUGGCCCUCUCCCUCCCCCUGGUCCUCUGGAUCUACAGCACCGACACUAACAUGGCCGAGAUGUUCUGGUGCUGACUGACUUGAGCACAACCUCGACUUUUUCAUCACAGCCAUCACUCCCCCCCCCCCCCCCCCCAUGCCACACUUUGGCUCCCCCCCCACCAUCCUUCAUCCCUCUCUGCCCGCCUCCACGUGCGUAGCUUGUGUGCGUGUGUGUGUCUUUGUAUAGUUAGUAUGCGCGUGUGUGUGUGUCUAUGAGUAGGAGCAACUGUAAAUUUGAAUUCACGUUGAAGUUACCCGAUUUGAGUUGGCAUAAGGCUUUAUGACUAUCACGUAGACGAGAUUGACAGUUGGCAUUUUUCACUUUUACUUUUAAAAUGAACCCCUAUGCCUUUUUAAGCUUUAUCCUUUCGGUUGUCUGCGAGUGUCAUCAUUCCAGUGUCACUACAGUAAUUAUUAUUUAGCGCCACUUAAGAAAAGAAAGUUGGAAGAUUGUGGAUCUGUACAGAGAUUGAACACUAUUUUAUGCAAUUUUUUUUUUUAUGGCUUUGUAAAUUCGUUUGGACCGGCGUGGCUUAGACGUACUGCCUUGAUGUUUCUUCUUUUCUAAUGUUAACCAUUGUGUCUUCAGUGUAAACGUUUUUUCAGAGGACAAGCGACGCGUGGCCGACAAGAGCGGGGAGGGGGAAAGGUUUGGGUGUGAAUGUUGGGAAUGCUUCGAUUAGAUGACGUGGGGGAGGACACACAAAAAAACGAAUUCCAGAAAAAUCUAAACUGCAUGUCCUGUGACCAAGCAUGAACCGUAUGUGGUUACUCAUUUCUAAUUUAUGCGCCCCCCUUCUUCUCCAAAUGUAAGACUAGAAAUUAAUGUUAUGGAUACUUUUCUUUUAUGAUUUAAAAUAAGCCGUUGUUUUCUGCACUGGGAAGAUCGCAGCUACCUCAAUGUGAUACAAAUGUUUUUGGUUUUUUUCUGUUAAAUCUCUGGAUGGUUCCCCACAGUCUUGCUCAGUUGUAACAUCUGAGGUGCGCCCCUUGGGUCGCUUGUGCAGAAAAUGGAACAGUCUCACAUUCCCUCUAACCAUUUAAAAAAAAAAAAAAAAAAAAAGAUUCCUUUUGUGUGUUUUUUUUUUUUUUUUAAAUCCAUUUGCUUUAGAGACCAAGUAGUUCAAGAUAUGUGUAUAUAACCGUUGUGAUGGCUUCUGAUUCAAAGGACAAUAUUAAAAAAAUUAAUUAUGACUCAAAUGAUUCCAAAUGAAUACCCCCCAAACUGUUUUGUUUUUUUUACUUAAAAGAAAAAUACACUCAUGAACCCUUUGAAUCAAAGUGUUUGUUGUUCUUUGAUAUAAAUUGAAGCAACAUGCAAAGCAUACUUGAAUUCCACUUGUGAAUGCUUGGCUUUUAGAUAUUAGUUUGAAUCUAAAAUACAUAUUUACCAGACUUGGUGUGAACAUAUUUGAGUGGCCAUCCAGUUCACCGCAUUAACAUUGUGGAUAUUGAAAGCAUGUUAGUGAUACUAAGACGCCUGGAUGUGUUUGUGUAACAACAUUGGUGUGCUUCUCUUCCUUCAAUGCCUUCCAUUGGCUCCCCCUGUCACGAGAGUGAGUAUUUCACUUUUAUUCUCCCCCAUCAUCAAAUCUGAAUUGUAAACUUGCCCACAUGCUCGCAUUGUGAAUGUCACCUGUGUGCCACCCACUUUCAACCUUUCGUUUUUUUAAUCAUCCAAAUAACCACAAUGGCAAUGAUCUGACAUUGUUUCUCUUUUCCUAGGUUGGCUGUCCUAAAAAUCUUGAAGGCUUUCGGAGGACAGUGCCAUCAAUCAUUCCACUCUCCAUGACAACUAUGUAUGUACACUGAACAAAAAUACUAACACAUUUGUUUUGGAGCUCAUUUUUAAUUACUAUGUUCACAAAAUGCCCGUUUCUCUCUCACACAAGAAGUUGGAUUAUUUUGACAGAGAAGUGCUCACGAUAGAUUUGUGGACACUAUAAGAGACAAAUAGGCCUUAUGUGAAAUAUAGAAAACAUUUACGAGCUAAAACUGAUGCAAAUUAUAUUUUUGUUCAGUCGUGGUGUGUGCGUGUUUGUGGUUUUGGUGCACAGAGAAACCGAUUUUCACAGGAAAGAGACCAAAUACAUGAUGCAUUUAUUAUUAUUUUACAUACGCUUCUACCCAGCCUCCAUUUUAGUGCGCAGGAAAGUCCAACAUGUUCUUCUCUUCUAGCAUGAUGUUCCGUCCUUCCCUUCUUUCAUGGUAGUUUUGACAUGUAGUGACUCAACAUUGGGAGCAUUUGGUCUUAGCUUGCAUUUUGUGUACAAACAUCAUGCAUGCCUCGCAGCUGUAUGUAGGCUUUUACAGUUUGUAAUUAUAGAUUCUAAUGUAUAAAUACUCUUACAUUCAGACUUAAGAUUCUAAGAUGGUUCUAUAGUAGACUUUUUGAAAAUCACUGUUUUUAUUGUACUGUUUGCACAAUUAUUAGAAACAACUCAUCACUAUGAAUUUGGCUUUGGACUGCUUGCGUUCAUCUUAUUUACUGUAGGCCGAUCAUUUUCUGUCUAGUGAUUUAUUCGUUCUUAAGACAUCCCUGCAAUACAACAGUGCUGUUUUUUUUUUUUUUCCUCAAUUGCCUCUAUAGGUCUUUAGGAUCCUGUAUGUCUGGCAACUGCUGUAAAACUGUGAUCUAAUAAGAGGUGUACUGUGUGGUCCCUACAAAGGAACCUGGGUCUAAAAAAAUAUGUAUAUUAAUCACAUGUAAAAAUAUGACUAUCAUUAUUUAAAUUCUGAUAGUGAUUGUAGAUGCAUUACAGAGGUUGUGUUUUCAGGUAAAUAAAGAUCAUAUUUGAAGUUU